ACCUAGCGAGCGACUAUGGGGACACAAAAGCCGCGGGAUAUAGCCGCUCAAUACAGAACUUUGAGUUUGUCAUUACAUUGGUCGCGGUAGAGCAUGCGUUGUCGGGUUUGUUAACAUAUCAAAGAUCCUCCAGAAGAAAGACUGCGACUUGCUUGAGGCAGCCGAGGAAGCACGAGUUGUUAUCACCAUGCUGGAGAAUGAACGAAAUGACGAUAUGCUGUGGGACCACCUAUAUGACAAAGCCGUUUCUCUAGCAGACGACAUCGGCGUGGAGGCCACCGUUCCUCGUUGCCACGGUCGGCAAGCCAACAGACCAAACGCUCCGGCCCAAACCCCUUCGCAAUUCUGGAGAGUCAACAUGUAUCUACCAUUCGUAGACCAUCUCAUUGUGGAGUUGACGAAUCGGCUGUUAAAUCCACAUGGAAGAUUCACUGCUCAGUAUCUACUGCCAACAAAAGCUGCUGGGCUCACACCUGCUCGGGCUGCAGAGAUAUACGCAGUGUACCAGCCAGACCUACCAGGGUGCGACCAGGAGACGUUCGUGCGGGAGUGCAACAGAUGGACGGCUAAAUGGACGACAACAUCCCCUGCUCCAUAUCCAUGCCUAGAAUCAAGCUUGGGCGUGGCAACUGAGGCGUCCUAUCCUAAUAUCCGGAUAUGCAUGAUGAUUUUGUUGUGUAUGCCUGUAUCCACAGCUACGGCAGAGAGGUCGUUUUCAACGAUGAAGCGGGUCAAGACCUACCUCCGAAACACCAUGACCACAGAGAGGUUAUCCGGGCUUGGGCUACUGAAUAUUUACCAGGAGCGAAACAUUAACGUUGAGCAAGUGGUGGAUGCUUUUGCCCGUCAAAAAGAUCGUCGCCUUGCUCUUAUUUUCAAAGUUUAA